GCAAAUAGCUUGCUUACAGAGGAGCUGGUAGAUCAGAAGCACGUAUGGAGUCAAUAGAGCACAGAGCAGAUGAAACUCUUGGUACAGCAAUAUACAGCAUGGGGAAACACAUGUCGCUUUCAAAUAGGAGAUUACCACAGAACAACCAGUGAAAAGGAAUACACAGAUAUGAGAAAUACUUUCAUCACUUCUCCAUAGAGAGGAUGACAUUAUGUCUAAUUCAUCUAACCUAACGUAUCCAUGUAUACCAGGCAACACUCUCUGUGAAGUGCUUGUGUUUGAAGUAGAGUUGAUCGUUGUUCCAGUCCUGUUUCUUGCAGCUUUUCUUGCUGUACUGAUAGUCUUGCUCGUGCUCAAAUUCUCCCAUAAGCCAUCACAGUCUUAUCGACCACAGAAAUUUGAAAAGCAUGACACAAACCACCAUAAUAACACAAACAGACAUCGUAACAGCACCAGACAGCACCUGCAAGGCAUUGAUGCACCACCAGAGUUCAACCCAAUGGAGCAUGAAAUUAUCCCAAUGACAGCUCAAAGUCACAAAGACAUGCAGAAUUGCACAUCUGCAGUACCUGAGACCUCCACAGAGAGGCGUCGUGACAUCUUUCAGCUGAUCACUCCACUGCCACUUGCAUUCUCUGUAAAACAUCACAAGCCUUUUACUUUGUACAGAGCUGUCAUGGACAGACAGCCUGUCAUCUUACGAGUGCUUAAAGAAUCAGAUGAUGCCAACGAUCGUCAGUUUUUUCUGGACUUUGCCUGCUUCCUGACAGAGCUUGGCCCUCAUCCAUCUUUGCCCAGACUGCUGGGGCAGGUGACUGCUGAGAUGCCCCAGAUGAUUGUGCUGGAGGAGCUGGAACACAAAGACCUGUUGAGCUUCCUGUGGAGGUGCAGACAGGACCACCCGGGUCAAGCAGCACCAUGUGACCUGACUGAAAGACGAAUCUUUACCAUGGGUGCUCAGAUUGGAUCUGCUCUGGAGUAUCUACAUAGUAAAGACUACAUCCAUGGCAAGGUCAGAGCUCGAAGCAUCCUGGUUGAUCGGGACCUGUCAGUCAAGCUGUGGGGGUUGGCUCCAGCAUUUCGGAUGGCGACAGAUGAGGGAUCUCCACUGGAUGGUGUGGAAGAGAUAGAAAUCAGGAAGUGGCAAGCUCCAGAGGUGUUGGCACGGAAACCUCUGUCGCAAAGCAGUGACAUAUGGUCGUUUGGCAUUUUGCUGUAUGAAAUAGUCACGUUAGGAGAGGCUCCAUUUCCCAAAGUUAUGGCGAGUGAACUUCUGCAGUAUUUACAAAGAGGAAAUAAAUUGAAAAAAACACCAAACUGCUCUAAAACACUAUAUUCUAUUAUCGAGAGCUGCUGUCAGUGGAGACCAAACGAACGACCCUCACUGGCUGAGCUGGUUCGAAAGCUCCAAUCAGCCGAGAGAAGAGCAAAUGAUCAGACAGUGAUACGAGUGUCAGAGCCGCUGGACAUAAAGAAAUACAUGGAGGAAGUGGGCUAUGCAGAUUCAGUCAGCUAUGCUGGUCUCUAAUUCUUUGUUUGUUAUUGAAGAAUCAUUGAUCAUCCAAAGAACAGCACUAUGCUAUAUUUAUACAUGACCAUCGCAAUUAAGGUUUCAUGCUAGUGCAUUUAAAGAGUUGAAAGCAGACGGCAGCCGGUGCAUUGGAGGUCUGGUGCAUUAUGGCUUGUGCUAGCUGGGUUCAGGUUUGAAAGAGCACAAGCAUAAUUAUUAACAGAAUUUUAAUUAAAAAGAAUUAAGAAAACCAAAGUGAUGAAAAAUAGUCGUAUGAAAAUAUGUAUGCAUGAAUCAUGUGUUUAAAUACGUGUAUGACAAAUUGAAGGGUUUUUUGUGUGGCUUUUAUCCAUUGCACAGUGGAGGCAGACAGGAACAUGAGGGUAAGAGACGGGGUGUGGAAUCGGGAUAUGACCCGGGUCCCCGUUCACCAACAGCCCAUGUAGACAGUAUGUGUCUGGAGCGCUAACCAAUGGGCUUUAAAAAUAUAGUUAAAAAAAUGUCACAUAAAUGAGAUGAGUGGAGUUGACAGCAUAUACAGUAUAUGUCAUACAUAAAUAUGUCAAGUGCACUUUGAAGUAAAACUUGUUUUAUUGACUCAAAUACAAAACAAGCAAUAACACAAUAUGGAUUUUUUUAAGAUAAGUAUUUAUAUUUUAAGUAUUUAUUAUUUAUGUAAACUGAUUUUUGCACCAUCAGUUUUUUUGGUGCUGCACAUCAUUCUUGUAAAUGUAUUUGGAAAAUAAACCAAAGUUAUCACAAUAAAUAAAUGAACUAUAUCAAAACGUUUCAUGUUCAUGGUUAAAAUUCAUCUAGCUCGAGUUUCUCUUCAUCUAGGUAUAAAUCAUUCGCCUUUUACUAAAGAUUUCUGUGGAGGGGGACCACUGUGA